GGAGAAAGCCAAAGUGGAGGGAAAUUAGAAGACCCAAAAUCCAAAAUAAGUAGGAACAGAUAGUCAAAUUCAAAUAAGAGUAACUAUGAAACCUCUACCGGCAGUGGCCUCAAAAGCACCCAUCAAGUUUAGAAUCCCAACUGCCGAAAAUUUAGUUCCAAUUCGUUUGGAUAUUGAGAUUGAUGGGCAGCGAUUCAAAGAUGCGUUUACAUGGAACCCGACUGAUCCGGACUCAGAAGUGGUGGUGUUUGCGAAGAGGACAGUGAAGGACCUGAAACUCCCUCCAGCAUUCAUUACACAGAUUGCCCAAUCUAUUCAAUCACAGCUGACAGAAUUUCGAUCAUUGGAGGGGCAAGAAAUGUACACUGGUGAGAAGCUUGUCCCUCUCAAGCUUGACCUUCGGGUAAACAAUACCAUCAUAAGGGAUCAGUUUUUGUGGGACUUGAAUAACUUUGAGAGUGAUCCUGAAGAGUUUGCAAGAACCUUUUGCCAGGACUUGGACAUUGAAGACCCUGAAGUUGGACCUGCAAUUGCAGUUGCAAUCAGGGAACAACUUUAUGAGACUGCAGUUCAAAGUGUGACAACUGCAAGGGAAUCGAGGGUUAGCAAGAAGGGUCGACGUGGGGCAGAACAUGUCACAGCCAGUAAAGCAGGUGGCACAGCCUUGGAUUUGAUGAAGCUAUUUGGUGGCAAAUCAAAUGUCAUUCGGAAAAGGAAGGAGUGGGAUAUGUAUGAACCUAUUGUUGAUCUUCUAUCGAAUGAGGAAGUUGAUGCUCUUGAUGCAAGAGAAGAGCGGAAUGCUCGGUGAGUGAUGUUGAUAAGUGCAUUUAAAGUGUGUAUGGAACUUUCAAGGAGCAAGCACUUAUUGGUGGUUUAGUUAGUCUUGGUGUUCUAUUUGACAUGUAGAGUUGACAAAUUUUCCUAGAAACAAAACACAAUAUGGCAUUGCAAGUAAGCCAGUUAAGUUAAAUAUUUUGUGAUUUUAUUCA